UGUUUUUGGUUGUCAGAGUGAAAGUGAAAGGAAAGGCACUGGCAGUCUGAAGACUCAUUCAGAGUUUGAUUCUAGCACAGACGCCUGAUGUUUUAGGGUGUCUGGAACCCCUUUUUUGGGGCACAGAAUGAAUCUAGGGCUCAUCCUCAUCUGUGGAGUGCUGGCUCUGAAGGCUGCAGAGCUGCCAGUGGAGCUGGCCCCGGGGUCCCAAUUACGCUCUGUGGAUGUGGUCUUGGACUGUCAUUAUAUAGAGGAAGCUGUGGGUGGAUUUCCGGGUGCCUUUGCCGGAUCAUUCUCCUCAGACCCUGCCACCCUAGUGCUGAGAGGUGUCAGCAUUGCCGAUGAUGGAAGCUUGGACAGCGUCACCAAUUAUGAGGUGCCAGGCACAAAUACUGACUCCGCUUCUCCCAUCAUCUUUGAAGUCUCAGAAACUUUGGUACCCAUCCCAUAUGCGGAAUCCCUGCUGCAUGCAGACUGUGCUGGGGAGAAAGUGACCUGUGAGAUCUCUCCAUACAGCUUACACCUGGCAGAUGAGGGGCCCAGCCAGGCCUCCUGGUUCAUGGGGACCCUGAAGUUAUCCAGUGGGAUCAGCAUAGCCCUGGUGCUGAAGGUCAGCAGUGUCAGGGAAGAAGAUGAGAGAAUGGCUGUACUGCACCCAAGGCUGAAGGUUCCUAUAAGCAAGGAGGGCACAGUGCUGACCACAGCUCUGCAGCCUGCAGGAUGGGAUCUUCUUGUGGGGAGACACAUGUCCAACCCUUCAACCCAGCAUGGCCAGUCAGUCCACAGCAUGCUUCCUCCAGUUGAAUUCCAGUUGUCAUCUCGCACCCCUACUUUGCGUACCCGACUUGGCACCUCCGUCACCCUGGACUGCAGCUUUGCCUUGGCUUCCAGCUCUCCGCUGGCCUCGCUGGAGUGGAGGCUGCAGCACCGAGGCAGCGGGCGUAGAGUUUUCCACUACCAGGCGGGGGACGUGGCACAAGCAGAACAGUCAACGGCCCACGUGGAUGUGGUGCAGCUGCUGGAGACUGGAGAUGCAUCACUUAGCCUGCAUGGAGUGGGGGUGGGGGAUGAAGGGACAUACAUCUGUUUAGUGUCCACCCCCCAGCACCAGGCCCAGAACAUCAUCCAGCUGCAGUUGGUCGAGCCCCCGAGAGUCCGUUUGUUCCCAGAGUUGGUGUCACGUGAGGGGGAUGGAGCCACUACCCUGACCUGUGAGAUCUCUGGCUAUUACCCCCUGGAUGUGUCGGUGAAGUGGACACGGGAGGCCCCUGACGACAAGGACAAGAUCCCUAUCUCAGGCUCAAGCACAUACUUCUCCAGCCAUAGGCAAGCCCAGGAUGGCACCUACGGCAUCAAUUCAUACCUGAGUAUCAACACAGCCAUAGAGCUGGGACCUGUCACCUACAGCUGCCAUGUCUCGCAUCUGGCCCUUGAAGAGCCAAUUACAGCUAGUGCCCAGCUCAGGACACCAGAGCAAAAAACAUCUAAUGGGCUUGUGGGAACCUUCAUUGCUACUUCCAUCUUCCUUGCUGCUCUCGUUGGCCUCAUGCUCAGGAGAAGAAAAGCAGGUCAGAGUGUAAAGCACUUCAGCCCUCUCCCUAGACUGAGGUUCCACAGUCAGAGCUCAUCUCCUGCUCCCCAUGGUGCCGCUGGCUGUGAGACGCAGAGACUGGAGUAGCCUGGAGCACCUGCUACAGCCAGCACUCCUGCCACUCUAAUUACAGUGCUUCCUGCAGGGAGUAGCAUAGCGGGAAGCUCCGUCACAACCAGCUGUCCUGCCUCCUUCCCUACAGCAGCCUUGCUGGGAGAAGCCUGGACCAGAGUAUUUGGGAGCUCCCCUCCUACUUCGUGCGCCUACUUCCUUUCCAUUUUGCCUCCUUGAGGGAGAAGCUGGAAAUGGAGUAACUGGGAGAUGAUUCCAUAGCUAGUUCUCCAGCUUCUCUUCUUACAGUGUCUCUUGCUGGGUAGGAGAGGGGGUAGCUCUUAGGAGUGUUAGUGAUGAUAAUGUAGUACUCAGACCUGUAUAUUUGCCUGAGAUAGAAUUUUGGGUCUUGUUUGCUCAUUUGACUUUUGAUAUUUUUAUAUUCUUACUAAUAUGUAUGAACAAAGAACAAAGAUACUGGGUGUUACAUCUGCCCACAAGCAGAUCAGGUGAAAAGAGAUAAGAGAUAGUGCUAAAGUGUUGUUGGGCAGAAUGGGUGUGUAAUAUAAAAGCAGUCACUUGAAGGACAGUCCUGCCUCAACUCCUCUCCCGAGAUAAGGUCAAGCAACCAGUCGGGAGGGCAAGGGGGAUGGGAGGGGAAGGUAUAAGAAACACUAAAAGCCAAAGAAAUCCCUGUCCCUGACUGGAGCACAACCUCACUCCUUACUCCUCCCAUGGGAUAUGAAAGAGGUGGUACUGAAGCCCCCAGACCCAAAACCCUCCAAAAUGACCAUACAUUAUAAGGGGUAGGAUCAGAGGUGCACUACUUCUGCUCUUCUACUUUCUGUCUGCAUGACAAGAACCAGGGCAGGGCGAAGGGAAAGCUCUUAAUAGUAGCCUACCAUCGCCCUGGUAGCUGCAGAUCAUGGAAGAGAAUGACAUUUUACUGAUUGUUUUUGUCUUCCUGAAUCAAUUAUUUUUCUUUCUUUUCAGUUGAUCCAAAAUCUGAGGAAUCUCUGGAGACUUCAGGGUAAAAGGGACAGUUAACUCAGUUACCCUUAUUCCUGCGCCCCCUCUGACAGACCCCAUACCAGAUGAAGACCCAGCCACUCAGAAAUUAACCUCCCAUUUUACAUUAAUGGAGCUAUCACCAUUUCCAGGGACCCUCUUGCAGCUCUAUAGGAAGGGAUUGGAGGACCCUUGUGACCCUGGAAAGGUGGAGUCAGAGAAAAGGGGGUGUCUCCAUCAUGUGAGCGGGGGUAAUACCAUUAACCUCACUGGAACACUGUUCUUCUCACACUUUCAGGUACACAGAGCUAGAUACACAAAGGGAUGUAGACAUUUUAGGUGCCUAAGACCAACAUUUAGGCACCACUGAGAUCCUCAAAGCUCUGCUCAGCUGGUGCCUAACCGUUUAGCUACCUAAAUUCCUUAAGCACCUAAGUUUCUGCCUGUGGACAUACACAAAAUCACCUAAUUCCUGAUGCCAUUGAGCUGCUUGGUUCCCUAGCUCAUGCAUAACCCCUGGUAGGAUUGUCAGCCUAGGCAAUACCCUGCCUUUGUCGCCUGCAGGGCCUGAUCCCAGAGGCAUGCUCAGAGCAUACCUAUCAGAGCAGGCCUUGAACAGAGACAGCUAGGAGCAAGCAGGUCAGAAAUUUGGUGGGUGUGUGUAUACACAUAUGUGUGUACGUGUUUACUGUCACUUUGCCCAUGUCAUCCCUAGCUUUUAAUCCCUCCACUGGCUCUCCCUUCUCUAUCACAUCAAAUAUAAGCUGCUUAUAUUCACCUUCUAGUCCUUUCUUGGCCAUUUCCCACCCUACCUAUCAUCUCUCAUUUGCUAUUGAACUGUUGAUGCUCAUCUCUGAUGGGCCCAUCAUGCCAGCCUCCAUUGGCCACAGGUUACAUUUUCAGACAAGCAUCUUUCUACUUUCUCCCACGCUGUUCAGCACACUUGGGAGGGGCUCCCUGAGACCAUCCAUAAAGCAUCCACCGUCAAAUACAUCCACAAAACUCUCCUUUAGCGCGAUGCCUGUAAUAUAUUGACAAUGGUUAGAAUGCCAAUCGUCCUGACCAUUAUUGUCUCAUUGCUUCCUUUUAUUCCCCUACAAGUCUCUUGCUUUACGCUCAAGAUUGUAAGCUCUUUGGGGCAGGAAUUGUCUUCUUGUUCUGUUUGUACAGUGCCUAGCACAAUGGGGUCCUGGUCCACAACUAGGGAUCCUAUGUGCUACAAUAAUGCAACUAAUAACCUUAUUAGCUUAGUGGACAGAGCACUCCCCUAUAAUGUGAGAGACCCAGUCUAUAUCCCUGUUCUGCCUGAGUUGGAGCAGGGACUUGAAGUCAGUUCUCCCACAUCCCAGGUGAGUGCUCUAACCACUGAGUCGUUGAGUAUUCUGGGGUGGUUAUGUCUCAGUCUCCCCUGCUGCAGCUGUUCCACUUGAUAUAAAUGAAAUAUUUUUGGAGCCGGGCCUCUCCCACAUCUCAGGGGAUUGCCCUGACCACUGAGCUACAGAGUCAAACUCCUGCUUUGACUCCUCUUUCUUAAAUAAAUAUUUAAUUAUUUAUAAUGAAGAGGUUCUUCAGCAGGAGAGAUUGAGAGCCAGUUACAUCCCUUGUUAGUAUCUUGAUGAAAAGCUGUGUUGGGAAGCUCAGGGUGGAGAGGGAGUGGGCGAGAAGUGGGGCUCACUCUGUAACUGGCUCAAACGAGAUACGGUAUUCACUGCACUUUGUGCUAGUUUGAAUUUGACCUCUGAAUAAAACCCUGUUGUUAUUUUUCUAA